GUAUUGAGCUGCGUUCCGAACAACUCCUACCGCUUGGUGGCAACCUACGACCCAUCGACACAUUUCAUCUUUCAUCCCUGGACCUCCUGCCAGCAUCUCCAGGCGCAACCCCCGACGCCUCCACCGUUCGGCUGUCUCAUUGGCUAGCAUCGAAAUAAGUCCCCGUACUGGUGGUGAAUCACUGGGCAGUAUUCCCCUGCAUAGUUUCCAGCAACGAGCAAAAUGGCACAACUCGACACUUUGGACUUGAUUGUCCUCUCGGUCAUUUUACUGGGUACCGUCGCCUAUUUCACCAAGGGGAAGUUCUGGGGCGUCACCAAGGACCCCUACGCAAACUCCUUUGCCAACGGCAAUGCGCUGAAGGCCGGAAAGACCAGAAACAUAAUAGAGAAGUUGGAAGAGACAGGGAAGAACUGUGUCAUUUUCUAUGGAUCACAAACCGGUACUGCUGAGGAUUAUGCCUCCAGACUCGCCAAGGAGGGUAAGAGCCGUUUCGGCCUUGACACCAUGGUAGCCGACCUUGAGGACUACGACUACGAGAACCUCGACGCCAUCCCCGAAGACAAGGUUGUCAUGUUCGUCCUUGCCACCUAUGGUGAGGGAGAGCCCACCGAUAACGCUGUGGAUUUCUACGAGUUCAUCACCGGCGAAGAUGUUAGCUUCUCCGAGUCCGCUGAUCCUGCCUUGGGUAACCUCAAGUAUGUCGCCUUUGGUCUGGGCAACAACACUUAUGAACACUAUAAUUCUAUGGUCCGCAACGUCAACAAGGCGCUUGAGAAGCUCGGUGCGCACAGAAUCGGCGAGGCAGGCGAGGGCGAUGAUGGUGCCGGUACUAUGGAAGAAGACUUUUUGGCAUGGAAAGAGCCCAUGUGGGCCGCUCUUGCCAAGACUCUUGGUCUUGAGGAGCGUGAGGCGCAAUACGAACCUGUGUUCGGUAUUGUCGAGCGUGAGGGCUUGACCAAGGAUUCUCACGAGGUGUACGUUGGCGAACCGAACAAGAUGCACCUCGAAGGCUCUGCCAAGGGUCCCUUUAAUGCCCACAACCCAUACAUCGCCCCCAUCGCCGAGUCCAAAGAGCUGUUCAACGUCAAGGACAGAAACUGUUUACACCUGGAGGUCGACAUUAGUGGCUCUAACCUAUCGUACCAGACUGGUGAUCACAUUGCUGUUUGGCCCACCAACGCUGGCCAAGAGGUCGACCAUCUAUUGGAUGUUUUAGGCUUGACCGAUAAGCGAUACCAGGUCAUCAGCGUCAAGGCACUCGAGCCAACCGCAAAGGUACCUUUCCCCACACCAACUACUUACGAUGCUAUCUUGCGUUACCACAUGGAGAUCUGUGCUCCUGUCUCUCGUCAAUUCCUCGCUACUCUGUCUGCUUUUGCUCCCGACGACGCUAUCAAAGCGGAGACAGCCAAGCUCGGUAGUGACAAAGACUACUUCCACGACAAAGUCAGCAAGUAUCAUUACAACAUCGCUGGUGUGCUUCGUACUGUCGGGAAAGGCCAAAAGUGGACCAACAUCCCAUUCUCUGCAUUUAUUGAAGGUAUCACCAAGCUUCAGCCGCGUUACUACUCCAUCUCGUCUUCCUCCCUAGUACAGCCCAAGAAGAUUUCUAUCACCGCCGUUGUUGAAUCCCAACAUAUCCCUGACAGACUCGAUCCAUUCCAAGGCGUCGCUACCAACUAUCUCCUGGCUCUGAAACAAAAGCAGAAUGGUGAUCCUAACCCAAAGCCCUUCGGUCUCACCUACAAUAUCACUGGUCCAAGAAACAAGUACGAUGGCAUUCAUGUCCCUGUGCACGUUCGCCACUCGAACUUCAAACUUCCUUCUGAUCCUUCGAAGCCUAUUGUUAUGAUCGGUCCCGGUACCGGUGUUGCACCCUUCCGUGGAUUCGUCCAGGAACGUGCCAAGCAAGUUGAGGACGGUGAGACUGUCGGCAAGACCCUAUUGUUUUUCGGCUGCCGGAAGCGUAACGAGGACUUCAUGUAUGAGUCCGAAUGGGAGGUUCGUACUGUCGCAUUCCAUGUACACGACGAUCACUGACAAUCAUAUAGGAACGUAAGAAGGUCAUGGGUGAUUCCUUUGAAAUGGUCAAUGCCUUUUCAAGAGAGGGACCCAAGAAGGUUUAUGUGCAGCACCUACUCAAGGAGCGAUCCAAGGAGAUCAAUGAGUUGCUAGAGAAGAAGGCCU